ACCCCUGUCUUAGUUCCUGUUUCCUUAUUUGGUCAUUUUCAUGUCCUUUUUUAGUUUGAUUAGUUGAUUUAGUUCCAGCUGUGUGUAAUUUAUUAUCUCAUUUACCGUUGUAUUUAAGUUCCUGUCUGUUCAGUUAGUUUUUGUCUGGUCUACUCGUUACGUUCCCUGUGUUUCUCAGCCUUGCCUUCUUGUGCCCCGUUUUGAGUUGGAUUUGAUUAAAGACUGUUUAUUUAAGUUACCUCACGUCUCCUCGCCUCCCUUGUGUGUGAAAUCGUCAAAGUUGAGAGGUGAUCAGAUGCUGAGGUCGACAUGAACGCACCCGUGUCAAACUCUCAACCCUGCAGGUCAAGAAGUACCCACAGCGCGUGGAUCUAGAUUGGGAUAAUAAUGCCUCUGAUUUUGAGGAACAUUUUGCAUCCAUGAAAUUUGAGGAUUGCUUUUUUGUCUUUGGGAUGUGAAGCACACAAAUGGAAAUGAAAUGGAAAACGGUUGGAUUACACCCUUUUUGUUAAAGCAGUUAUAAAUUUCCAGGCUCACAAUGGGAUUGCCAAGAUUGAACCAUAAAACGACAUUUUUUUGACAUGUUUGCAGUUUCGUCCAGUAGCUGUUCAACUUAAAACUCAACUCGAGCACAGACAUGACUUCAAUGGCUUUGUGAUUGGAACCGGUCAUUGAGAAUCCCAACACAGAUAUCAAAACGGAGGAGUUAUAGCUGUGCAUCACCGAAACGGUCUCAUCUUCCCUAGAAAUAUUCCUCUUAAAUGCUCUCUUGAGGACCUGGUGGCCUCUGCGAUGACCAAAAAGCUAUUGGAUUUAUAGUUUCAUUGAGCAGCAGCGAACUCUCGUUUACCUUCCUCAACCCCAGAGUCAAGGAGCUUUUCUCAAGCAAUCAGGCGGUUGGGUAGAAAGCUUCAUCUUGAACGAGUUUCUAACUUCUGCCCCAUGUAGAGACGAGAGCGUUUUCAAACAUGGCUCCCCACUGGAGAGGAGGAGCUCAGGUUUUGGCAGUGACUCUGGGAAUUCUGCAGUGCUGCGGAUGGCUGUCCGGUCAGACCAUAAGGACUAGUGUUGGGAUGAUGGGAAGACGUCCAGAUCAAUGGCCGAUGUCCCACGAACGGGUGAAGAGGGGAUGGGUGUGGAAUCAGUUCUUCGUCGUGGAGGAAUACACCGGGACAGAGCCCCUUUACGUCGGAAAGAUCCAUUCAGACUCUGAUGAAGGCGACGGCUCUAUAAAGUACACGAUCUCUGGAGAGGGAGCAGGCACCAUCUUCAUCAUAGACGAGGUCACGGGUGACAUCCACGCCACCGAGCGUCUGGACCGAGAGGAGAAGACCUUCUACACCUUACGAGCUCAGGCGCGAGACCGCCAGACCGACGCGCCGCUGGAACCCGAGUCUGAGUUCGUCAUCAAAGUCCAGGACAUCAACGACAGCGAGCCCAAGUUUCUAGAAGGUCCCUACAUCGGGAGCGUGGCCGAGCUCUCUCCUAUCGGUACGUCAGUGAUGAAGGUUAUGGCUUCGGACGCUGAUGAUCCGACCUACGGUAGCAGCGCUCGGAUAGUUUACAGCGUUCUGGAAGGAGAACGAUUCUUUACUGUUGACCGACAAAGCGGAGUGAUCCGGACGGCCGUGGCGGAUCUGGAUCGUGAGACGCAGGACCGCUAUGAGCUGGUUGUCAAGGCAACAGAUAUGGCAGGCCAAAUGGGCGGCCUCUCCGGUUCCACUACAGUGACCAUAGUGAUCACGGAUGUUAAUGACAACCCUCCGCGCUUCCCUCAGAAGAUGUAUCAGUUUUCGGUCUCGGAGGGUGCGGCCGUUGGGACGUCGAUCGGCCGGGUGAUCGCGACAGAUGCAGACAUGGGCGAGAAUACAGAUAUGAGUUACCUGAUCAAAGACGAGGAGGGCGGAGAGCUGUUCAGAGUCUCCACUGAUGGAGAUACACAAGAGGCCGUCAUCACCAUCAAAAAGCCUCUAGACUUUGAGAGCAAGCGUACUCAUAAUGUGGUCGUGGAGGCUGUGAACAAACACGUGGACCCUCGUUUCGUGGAUCUCGGCUCUUUCCGGGAUCAAACCAUCGUACGGGUCAGUGUGUCAGAUGUGGACGAGCCUCCCAUCUUCAUCCCUCCGACCGGCACCAUCAUGGAGGUUCAGGAAGACGCUCGCUUGGGUGCGCAGGUCGGGAUUGUGACUGCCAAAGACCCGGAUAUGGAUAACGUCCCCAUCAGGUUCUCUAUAGACCGGAGCACAGACCAGGAGCAGAUCUUUAACAUCGAUCCUGUAACAGGCGCCAUCACUCUGGGAAAGAUCCUGGACCGGGAAACUGCCGGCUGGCACAACAUCACGGUUACCGUGGUGGAAGCAGAUAACCAGUCCAUGGCAUCACAGACAGCGGUGAGCAUCCGCAUCCUGGACGUGAAUGACAACCCUCCCGAACUGGCCACUCCUUACGAGGCGUCGAUCUGCGAGGACGCCAAACCUGGCCAGCUCAUUCACACCAUCAGUGUGGUGGACAGAGACGAACCGCAGUCUGGACAUCGAUUCUAUUUCACACUGGCACCCGAGGCCUCCAACAACCGCCAUUUUACACUAUGGGACAUCAAGGACAACACAGCCGGCAUCAGGACGCAGCGCUCCGGAUUCAACCGCCAGGAGCAGAACGUGUAUCUGCUGCCCAUCCUAGUGGUAGACAGCGGCCCUCCGGCCCUCAGCAGCACGGGGACCCUCACCAUCCACGUGUGCGGCUGUGACACGGACGGAGCCAUUCAGUCCUGCAACGCCACGGCCUACGUCAUGUCAGCCGCGCUCAGCCCCGGCGCUCUCAUCGCGCUGCUGGUCUGCAUCCUCAUCCUCAUCGUCCUGGUGCUGCUGAUCCUGACCCUCAAGCGUCACAGGAAGGGCCAGCGCAUGUCCGAAGACGAGGAGGACAUGCGCGACAACGUCAUCAAGUACAACGACGAGGGCGGCGGCGAGCAGGACACCCAGGCGUACGACAUGAGCGCCCUGCGCAGCCUCUACGACUUCCCCGAGGUCAAAAACUCAGACUCGGGCCCCGACCUGCGCCCGAUCCCGCAGUGGAUCCAGAACAGAGUGGUUGGAGACGGCGGCCCGGCCGAUUUCACGGUUUUCAAAGGCUACAUACGCAAGAAGGUGGAGCAGGCGGACGCAGACUUAUCGGUGCCGCCAUACGACUCGUUCCAGACUUACGCUUUCGAGGGCAGCAGCUCGCCGGCUCUCUCGCUAAGCUCCAUCCGUACGCUGUCUACCACCUCGGAGCAGGACUUCUCGUACCUCAGCGACUGGGGGCCACGCUUCAGGCAACUGGCCGGAUAUUACGCCCCGGCCCAGCCUGAGGAAGAAGGAUCCUAGCACCAUCCUCUGAUCAGCAUCCCGCUCCCAGAGUCGUUUUUUUCUCUCUGCAGUUCCGCAUUGACGUUUUUUUGGAUCCCAGUCAGUCCGGAGAGUUUUGAUGUCACCCAUUACACUUUGUAAAGUGACAUCUCAUCUUGUAGAAAAGUUCAGGACAAAUAUUGAAGGAGAAAAGCACUAGGCUGGGUGCUGGGCAAACCUCCAACAUCUUCUCACCUGUCAGCGAGAGCAAGAGGAACGGGGCUGUGCCAUAUGCACCACGAAGAACAACCAUACUUUGCUUUUUUUGUGAUUUCUUUUCCCAUCUGUGGAGAUAAAGGACUUCAAGUCAGUGGGAUCCGGAUGGAUACAGUGAAAAGACUUUUUAAGUACCAACAUUACAAAAAAAAACAAUUUAAAUAUGUAUUUAUUUAAAGAAAAAUGAACAAACAAAAAAAGUAAAACAAUAUUUAUGUAUUUAUUGCUUUCUAUUUAUUUAUUUAUUUAUUCAUCCUGGCAAUGGACUGAAAUACAAAAAUGGACAAUUUUCUGAAAAAUUUGUCAGGGUGACAGACAAGGACUGAAUAUCGUGUGGGUAAAAAACAAAAACAAAAAAAACAACAAAAAAAUAAAAAAACUUUUGGGGUGGGAUCGCUGAGAGGAGUUUGCAAACUAUCAGUGACAGUAAAUCAGUAUUGAAAAUAUUUGUAUUUAUUUUUUAGAAACUCUUUUUGUAAAAUACGAAGCGAUUCUGCUGGAGAAAAGUAACGGCUGUUGAGGUGAAUCUCACAAAAACUUGUCUAGGUUACACUUCACCCCCAAAUCAAGAGAAUAAAAUAAGAAAUGGCAUUUCUCUAUGCAUGAAGAAGAUGAAGUCUGUUUUAAUUGUGUUUAUGACAAUUAAGUAUUUUGUCCCCAAAGUUACUGUAAUGCAACUUUUUGUAUUCAUUAUUCCCAAUAAGAUUCUCUGGACUAUAUAAGAGUUAAAUAUUGGUAAAUCACUGUCAUUUUUAUUACAUUAUUGAGAAUUUGGGGAAAAUGUGCUUAAUUGUCAUAACAAUAGGCUUCAUUUACUUUCUGCAAAAUAAAUGUGUUUUGUUCUUUGGGUUUUCUAGUGAAAUGUGAUUCUUUGACAGUUUUUGUGAGCAUUGGUUUUGUCUUGUCAUACAUUUUGUGUGUUGUGUUGCUUUUCAACUAAUUAUCCAGAUCACUUGUUGUGGAUAUUGCAUUCGGCAUUGAAUCGGUUUUCAAGGGAAGUUUUGAAAGACAAGACAACAUGGCACAAUGCACAACAAGAAACAAACGAGACCAUCUGACAGGUUCUUUAUCGUUUUUUUCAGAUAUCCCUGAUAUACAUGUUCAUUGAUGAUUUGUGCGUGUGCCGAGAUGUUUCCAGAUUGCUUUCCUUUGGGUGAUUUGAUUGGUUUUUGAUCAUUCUGUGUUGGGUUGAGGAUGAUGAACUUGAGACGGGGUGGAGCAGUCCUGUUUUUCCCUGAACCAGCACCCUUAAAUGUCCACCCAAAAUGCAGAUGUAUGGCUAAAAAUACAAUUGAAUUCAUCAAUAAAU